AUGCCGCUGCAGAUAUUGCCAGCAUCUGCUGCUUCACCUACUCCUCCAGCGUCAUCUGUCGAGGUCACCCUGGGCUCAGAGGUCGAGCCGUGGUUUACAAAAGCUCUCGAGCGUAUCGGGAAGUCUCACGAACAUCUUGAAUCCGCCCUUCAGCUCCAGCAAUGUCUUGCCCAGGCUCUCUCAACGCCAGAUGCUACCUGGGCCUUGACCACAUUGUUCCUACCCGAGACACCCGAAUCCGCGAAUCCUAUUUUUGAAGCCAUCGUGAACUACGAGUUUAUCAGCGUUGAAGCUGAAAUUGUCCACGUCAAGAUGGAUCAGUGUAGUGAGGUUGCCUAUAAGCUCACCAAACCCACCAUCGAUGCCCUCACAAAAUACCACAAGGAUGUUCACUGCGUCAAUGCCAGGGCCAGCACUGGAGACUGGGCAGACAAAGAACGGCAGUGCGAGAGGCUUCAUGAGGAUUUCAUUCACGCGAUCAAGAUGUUCCGGUUCUACACCGAUACCUCUGCGCUUGAAGGCCUCGAGGAGGAAGGGACAAGCGAACUCAUGUACCCUGCGAGUGAGAAGGCGAAAGAAACUAUUACUGCUCUUAUGAAGCCCCUAUUACCUCCUCAACUUCCGAGAUUCGUGGAAGUUCUCCUGCGCAUACAAAGCUCCACCAUUCUUGGAAACCAGCUUUUGGAGUUCUUUCCGACCAUGGGAACAAUGUGCUGGUAA